GCCCCAAGACGAGACCCGCCCAGCACGCGAUGCGACCCACGCUGAAGCACAUCCUGACGAAGGGCGUCGUGGGGGCGGCGACCAAACCGCCCCGGAGGUCGCAGAUCACGCUGACGGCGGAGGAAGCGCGCCCUCUGGAGGCUCUGCCCGGCCCCGCGCGAUGGCCUGUGCUCGACUCGCUGCCCGCCCUCCUGGCGCAUCCCGCCGCGACCAGGAACCGCCUUCACCUCCUGACCGACGCCCUCUUUCGCGAGUACGGUGACCUCUUCCGGAUCCAUCUGCCGGGUCUGCCUCCGUUGGUGUUUGUCUGUCACCCGGAGGACAUCGAGCAAGUUCACAGGGCGACCUUUGACCUCCCCCAGCGCGACUUCUUCGUCAGUUACGGUCACGUGCGGUCGCGGCACAGCUUCUUCAGGAAGGGCCAGACCGGCGUCUUUACCGAGCACGGCGAGGAGUGGUUGAGAGUGAGGAAGCGAGUCCAGCCGUACACGUCGAGGAUGAAGAAUGUUUCCUCUUACGUCCAACAGAUGGACUCAGUGACGCAGGAUUUCAUCGCGAGGUGGGCGACCUUGAGGAACGACAAGGAGGAGCUUCCCGAGGACUUUCUCCACCAGCUGUUCCAGUGGGCGUUGGAGUGUGAGUGUUUGAGAGGCACCCCGGAAGCCCUAAAGAUGAUCGCCAUCGCGGAUGACCUGGUGAGCGGCAUCCAUGACCUUGAAAUGGGGUCACUCGUUCGCUGGUGGAGGUGGAUCGACACUCCGGCACUCAGGAGGGUCAGGAGAGCCCAUGAUGAGAUGUUUAGCUUCGUCCACGCGGCCGUCCGGGAAUCCCAGCUCUCGCUCCGGUCUCGAGGUCCUGACGCCGAGGAGGGCUUGAACGUCGUGGAGAACCUCCUCCUCGACCCCGUCUUGACUUACGAGGACGUCCACGCCUUCCUUAUCGAUGUCUUCUUCGCCGGGAUUGAUACGCCCCGCCAGACCAACAUGCAGCUCUACACCCGCGCGUCGAGCAUGAGCGAGGAUUUUUUCCCGAGGGCGAGCCAGUUCCUCCCCGAGCGGUGGCUGAGGGAGUCGGCCUCGAACCCCGUCCACCCUUACGCCUCCUUGCCCUUCGGAGCCGGAGUCAGGAACUGCGUCGGGAGGAGGUUCGCCGAGCAGGAGAUCUAUAUAUUGUUGGCUCGGAUGUUCCACAAAUACCGACUGGAUUGGCGUUAUGAGCCUUUGACCCCGACAUUAAGUAUGCUCAUGAUGCCAGACAAGCCCCUGAGGUUCACCAUGACGGAGAGACGAUGA